AUGAGUGAAAAGAAGAGCCUUAAAAGAAAGCUUCUAAAAUUUUUUUGGACAGAUAUUUUUGAAAGUCGAGAAGAGCAAAGGCUCAUUGCUAAAGUAGAUGCUUUCAUCUUAUCAUAUUGCUGUAUUUCUUACUUCAUCAACUAUUUGGAUAGGUCUGCUCUUGCAAAUGCAUACGUGACGGGUAUGCAAGAGGACCUCAACUUGAAAAGUAAUGAGUAUAAUAUUAUCAAUACUUGCUUGACUGUUGGAUACAUAAUCUCUAUGCCACUACAUGCUAUACUUUUGCAAAAGAUUCCACCCAGAUACUAUUUUCCGAUGAACCAGAUUCUUUGGGCAACUUGCACAAUGUGCACAGCUGCAUGUAAAACUUUCUCCACCGUUUGUGUUGCCCGCUUCUUCUUAGGCAUUUUUGAGCUGAGUACUUUUUCUGGUACAAUAUAUAUCCUUGGUUUUUGGUUAAAAAAAGAUGAAAUAGGAAAAAGAAUAGGAGUUUUCGCUGCAUCUGGAGUUGCUGGUUCCAUGAUUUCAGGUUAUAUUCAAACAGCUAUUCAUGAGAGUUUAAAUGGCAGACUCGGCCUUGCAAGUUGGAAAUGGAUGUUUAUAAUUGAUGGUUUAGCUGUGUUUCCACUCUCCAUCUACGGCGUCCUAUUUUUUCCCGACACCCCAACGACGACCACGAUGUUUUACUUCAAAAGAUCAGAACUAGAAAUUGCAAAAAAUAGGUUGCCACCUCCCAAGCCAAAUACAAAGUUGAAUUGGAACCUCUUAAGAAGGGCGCUUUUAGAUUGGAAACUUCCAACUCUAAGCAUGUUGUGGGUUAUUGGUGGUGCCUUGGAAGCAAUCUCAAACCAAUCUUGUAUGAUUUUGGCUCUAAAAGCGGAAGGUACAUUUUCUAUUGCCCAAAUUAAUGAGUGGCCAACUGCUAUAAAUGGUAUUGCUAUAUUUACAAUAUUGGUUGCUGCUGUAUAUAAUGAUGCUUUGCCUAAUCUGAAAUGGCAAUUUGUUAGCGUAUUAGGCGCUUUGCAACUCAUAUCAGCUUCAAUAUUAUUAAAAUGGGAUGUCUCCUUAGGUGGCAGGUUAUUUGCCUAUUACCUAGCUGGAACAUCAUAUGGAGGUCAAACGAUUUAUUUCGCCUGGGCGAAUGAAAUUUGUCAAGGUGAUGAUCCCUUGAGAGCAUUAACUUUGUAUUGUAUGAACAUGUUUUCUUCAAUAUUAUUUUGCUUUUGGGGUACACUCCUUUAUCCCGCAGACGACGCUCCAAAAUACCACAAAGGUAUGAUUACUUCAAUUAUAAUUUCUAUAUUGCUUGUAAUAUGGGCCCUUAUUACCAAAGUCUUAAAAGAUAAGCAAGAUAAAGAAGACAUAACAAAAAAAUUAGAGGAAGACAUGGUUGACUCUGAACCAGGGAGCAUUGAAGAGGAACACUUAGUAGAGCUCACUUGUCCAAGUGAGAAAAAAGUAUAG